UGGCUACUACAGCUUAGAAGUACUAACCUCGUUGCCAAGCUCUCGCUGCCAAGUACCAAGUAGUACUCCACUUGUACGCACCAAGCAAAAGUAGCUAGAUUGCAGCGCGCAGCACCAUGGCGUGGCAAUUGCAGCAAACAAUGGCCACGAUGAGUACAUGCUUUCAGACGUCCUCGCCGGCAACGGUGCGCUGUGCCGCGGCGGCUCGGCGGUCUGCCAACUACGCUCCCAGCUCCUGGGAUUACGACUCCCUCCUCCAGCUCUCGCCCAACAAUGGCGGACAGCUGGCAGAUCAAGUCGAUAUGUUGAAGGCCGGCGUGAGGGAGCGGCUGGUGGCGGCGAGCCGAGGCGACCACCAAGCUGCGAAGCUCAGGCUUGUCGACACAGUACAACGGCUCGGCAUCGCCUACCAUUUCGAGGAGGAGAUCGCCAGUAUCCUUAGCUCCAUCCACCACCGCAAGCCUCACCGGUGCAGCUGGGACGACAAUGCCAGUGAUGUUGCCUCUGUGGCCUUGAGGUUCAGGUUGCUCAGGGACGGUGGUUUCCCAGUCUUCUUCCCUCCAGAAUCUCUGGAAACUCUCAAGCGUGGAUCCGACGAUGUCAGAGGACUCCUCUCACUCUACGAGGCUUCAUACCUUGCGUUCGGAGGAGAGGAAACAUUGGACGAGGCAAGAGCAUUUUCUAAGAAAGCUCUCAUAAAGCUCUUGCCAUCCAUGGAUCACCACGUACGAUGCAGUGUAGUUCGUUCUUUGGACCUUCCAUUGCACCGGAGGUCUCCUAGACUGGAAGCAAGAUGGUUCAUAGAUCACUAUGCUAGAGAUGAGAACAAUUCCGACCCGUUGCUUGUUAGAUUUGCAACGACAGACUUCAACAAUGUGCAAAGUGUGCAUCAGGAAGAACUCGCGAGACUCGCAAGGUGGUGGAAGGGGACUGCCCUUAGUGAAAAAUUGGGGUUCGCCAGGGAUCGUCUCAUGGAGUGCUUCCAUUACGCAAAUGGAAUUGUGUGGGAGCCAAACAAUGGAGCGUGUCGAGAAGUGCUUGCUAAAGUCGCCAAUCUAAUAGUUCACUUAGAUGAUGUUUAUGAUGUGUAUGGAACUCUAGAUGAACUUGUUCUCUUCACCGACGCCAUUGGAAGGUGGGAAGAAAGUCCUAGUGAAAGACUCCCCGAAUACAUGCAAGCACUCUAUUCCGUGAUGUACAGAACAUCCGCUGAGGUGGCUGAAAAUGUGUUGGAACAACAUGGUUGCGACGCUCGUCAUGUUCUUCAGAAAGCAUGGCGAGAGAUGGCGGAGUCUUUCCUGGUGGAGGCAAAGUGGCACCAUGGAAACCACAGACCAACACUGCGUGAGUAUCUGGACAAUGGAUCAAUUUCAGCCUCUGCUCCACUGUUGCUGCAACAUACGUUUCCCCUGCUACGUGUGGAUGAAAAGAUCACCCCAAUGUCUCUUGCUAAAGUUGGAAACUACCCUAAAUUAGUUCAGUCAGCGUCGUUAGUUCUUCGCCUCUGCAAUGACUCUGCAACCCACUCUGCCGAGCUGGAGCGAGGGGAUGCACCAUCAUCAAUAGCUAUUCACAUGUCGGAGAACAGCUCCAGUGAGCAAGAGUCCCGUGAAGCCAUGGAAGACCUUACUAUGGAAGCCUGGAAGUCGAUUAACGAAGAUGCAUUCAAACACUGCCAAUUUUCUAGAUCUUUUGCCAAGACUUGCGUGAAUUUGGCUCGAAUCUCACAUUGUGUUUACCAAGGCGGGGAUGGUUUUGGUGCGCCGGAUGGUCGGAAGAAAAAGCAAAUUAGGGAGUUGUUCUUGGACUCUUUCAUGAUUGAGGAACAUUAAAUGGUGGGAGACACAUAUCUUAGAAAGAUGUUAUAUAGGCUUAAUAUCUGUAGGUAUUGAUUGUAGGUAUUGAUUCUGAUUCUGUGUGGUACUACUAAAACUCUAUUACCAACACUAGCUGGUUGAUUUUUUUUUUAGUUGAAACUAGUUGGUUGAUUAACUAGCACCAUUGGGUGAUCUUGAUUUACAGUGCUUAGGGCUGUUCGGCAGCUCCCCGACUCCUGGAAAUCCUGAAAUCCAGCUUCUCUUUUCGUAUGUCAGCUUCCCAAGUGAAAGCUAGCGAUCAGAAAACCGUUCGGUAUGCCAGCUCCAGUUUUCCUCUGGCAAUGCAUGGGAUGGCAGCCUUUUUCAGGAGCUCCUAGUCAGCGCCUUCAGCACCAACUAGGAGU